AACAUGAUUAUGAAUGGAAACGAUGAAUAUAUCUUUUGGAUUCGUCUGAGUAAAUAGGUGUGAAACAAGCUCUUGAGAUGUAUCAAGAUCACGAUGCGUUUGUCAUCAGAGGGAAUGUGCUGAUCUCUGUAGUUUGGAUGUCAACACAUCAUUUCACACGAAACGUUACUCAUCUCUUUCCUCCAUGUUAGUACACCAAAAUAGAAAUGUUAUUGUUUAUUUAAAGGAUGCUUUUAUCUGGAUUGACUGAUUUUAAGGGUAUCAAACCAACAACCUUCUGUUUUCCAACCCAAAACUUGCUUUUUCUCACUGCUUCACACCUAAAUCUAGAGAAGUUUAAAGCUAGAUUUUAUUCCAAACAAAAGUGUCUACUUUCAAGGAAGUCUGACCCAAUGUCCCAUCCACGAGUGUCGUGACCGUUGAUUCACCCCUACUCACAGGACAAUAAAUAGCAGCCUGGAUUUCUCAGCUUGCAUUACAGUACAGCGGACACAUACAGUAUUAGUGACUGAAAACUGCGUUCAUCUUCUAAUCCAUCCAUGGCUCUUCAGCUCGUCGGUUAUAUUCUGUCUAUUACUGGAUUAUGUGGCCUCAUUAUAGGCACAUUUACGAAUGAAUGGGAAAUCCUUGGACAUGACAACGACAAGACUGUGGUUCUGGAGAGAUAUAAAGGAUUGUGGAUGGACUGCUCUGUGGACAGUUCGUCUCACUUGAGCUGCACAACUUACACUUCUCUCCUUCAUCAGACCUUUAAAAUCCGGAUGGGUCGAGCAAUCAUGAUCACCAGCAUCGUCUUUUCAAGCCUCGCCGCGCUGGUGGCCAUUUCUGGUCUCAGAUGUACAAGAUUUUUAGAAGAGAGCAAGAAGUCGAAGGAUGGAGCUGCCUUCUUAGGAGGAAUCCUUUCUGUGUGUGGUGGUCUUCUUUCUUUGGGCAUAACCAGCUGGUUUAUAUAUGGAAUUGUAUAUGAUUUCUUUCAGAAUGACACAGGGAAGGAGAGGUAUGUGGUUGGCAGAUCUCUGAUUGGUGCAUUUAUUGCAUCUGUGCUUUGUCUAUUUGGAGGCAUUCUCUUAUGCGCCUGCAGCGUGACGCAUCUACUAUCCAAAAAAAUGAUCAGCAAGCAUCCGGUCUCCAGGAAUCCUGAAAAGACUAUGUUUAAUGAUCCUGAGACCAUCUGAAUACCUACAGUCAAUCUGAAUGGCAGACACUGGUUAAAUGUUGUGUAUGUGCAUGCAUUGUGUUAAUGAA